UUAACAUUCAUAGUUGAUGUAUAAAUACAUCCCGCCUAAGGAAAAGAUUGCGUAGACCAUUGUACCCGCGUGAACGGUUGUUUAUUUCGUAGCACCAACGUCAACAUCAUGAGAGAAAUAGUACAUUUACAAGCUGGGCAGUGUGGGAACCAAAUCGGUGCCAAGUUCUGGGAAGUUAUUUCCGAUGAACACGGAAUUGACCCCACCGGUACAUACCACGGAGAUUCUGACCUUCAGUUGGAGAGGAUCAAUGUGUACUACAAUGAGGCCACAGGAGGCAAAUAUGUUCCUCGAGCUGUCUUGGUUGACUUGGAGCCCGGACCCAUGGACUCUGUCAGAUCUGGUCCUUUUGGACAAAUCUUCAGACCCGACAACUUUGUGUUCGGACAAAGUGGAGCCGGAAACAACUGGGCUAAGGGACAUUACACAGAAGGUGCUGAACUUGUAGACUCCGUUCUUGAUGUUGUCCGAAAAGAGGCAGAAAGUUGUGACUGUCUACAGGGAUUCCAACUUACACAUUCUCUUGGUGGUGGUACCGGCUCUGGAAUGGGAACACUCCUUAUCUCAAAAGUCCGCGAAGAAUACCCCGACAGGAUCAUGGUCACAUUCUCCGUUGUACCUUCACCAAAAGUAUCGGAUACUGUGGUCGAGCCAUACAACGCCACUCUCUCCGUCCACCAGCUUGUUGAGAACACCGAUGAAACCUUUUGUAUUGACAAUGAGGCUCUGUACGAUAUCUGUUUCCGUACCCUCAAGCUGACCACACCCACAUAUGGUGACUUAAACCAUCUCGUCUCCGCCACCAUGUCCGGAGUCACCACCUGUCUCCGAUUCCCCGGACAGUUGAAUGCCGAUCUCCGUAAAUUGGCUGUCAACAUGGUGCCCUUCCCUCGACUCCAUUUCUUCAUGCCUGGUUUCGCUCCUCUCACAUCUCGUGGUAGCCAGCAGUACAGGGCUCUUACCGUCCCAGAGCUGACCCAGCAGAUGUUCGACUCUAAGAACAUGAUGGCUGCUUGUGAUCCUCGUCACGGACGUUAUCUUACCGUUGCUGCAAUCUUCCGGGGACGCAUGUCCAUGAAAGAAGUCGACGAACAGAUGCUGAAUGUACAAAACAAGAACAGUAGCUACUUUGUUGAAUGGAUCCCCAACAACGUCAAGACUGCCGUCUGUGAUAUCCCACCACGUGGUCUCAAAAUGUCUGCUACCUUCAUCGGUAACAGCACCGCCAUCCAGGAACUCUUUAAGCGUAUCUCUGAGCAGUUCACUGCUAUGUUCCGUCGUAAGGCUUUCUUGCAUUGGUACACUGGUGAGGGUAUGGACGAGAUGGAGUUCACAGAGGCCGAGUCCAACAUGAACGACUUGGUGUCUGAGUACCAACAGUACCAGGAUGCCACAGCAGAGGAGGAGGGAGAGUUUGACGAGGAAGAGGGGGAACAGGACAUGUAAUAAGUCCAAUUGACCAUCAUGAAACAAUUGAUCAUCUUUGUACAAACUGACCAAAACAUUCUAAUAUUCAGAGAUAAAGAAAAAAUGAAUAAUUCCAUCAUCAUUUUUUAUAUCUAAUUUCAUGACAUGAGUAAUAAUUUCGAUUCCAAAUUUGAAAUGUUUGGAUAAAUUGGACAUGCAGGUACUACGUCUUUGUUGAACACUUUGUACCUGUCCUGCAGGUACUCAUUACCAUGGUGAAAUACAAUAAAAAGGUGGUGCCUUUGA